AUGAACAAAAGGGCUCCACACGAUCACCCUCGGUGGAUCCCGAACAGCAAGUACCCGCCUCCCCAGUGGGAAGAAAGGCAAGGCCAGACUGUGGAGAUAUAUCCUAGGGCAUCAUGGGAAAGUUCAGAGUGCUCAGAAACUGUAACGGGCAGCACAAGCCAGCAAGCUAACAGCAACUUUGUCGACCACGGCUCGUCAGUGACCGUACGCCUUGAGGGCGCUGACCGCGCGCAGAUCCUUCGGGGAUUAACAGGAGCUAAGCCAGUGUCCAAGCGCAUUUAA